AUAUUGUAAUAUUAUAAUAAACUGUGUAUCAUCAUGUUGAGACUAUAUUGUUCCAUUUCUGCUUUUGUUUCAGAAGCUCCUGAUUGUGAUGCUGGCACGUCCAAUAACAGCGGACACAUUGUUCCCAAUCAGGAGCAAGAGUCUGAGCCAAAGGAAGAUAAUUCCACCUCUUCCAGUCUUCCAUCAGAACUCAACAUCUCUGAAUUUGGCUCAGAUGUUGCCAAUAAAAUACAGGGCGCAGAAGGACCAUCUACCAGCCCUGUUGAGCCUGGAUCUCCCUCACUUGAUCAAUUCAACCUGGGUCAAGUGUUGGGAGAAGGAGGAUUCGGGAAGGUAUUCCUAGCCGAGCACAAGAACACCGAAGUGCUAUAUGCCAUCAAGGCCCUAAAAAAAGAACACGUUUGGAAAAGGGCAACUUGGACAGGUCAGUGA